AUGACUUGCUGCGGAAAUAGGAAGAAGCAGGUUGUGGGGAUUGCUGACCAGAAAUGGGAAUAUAUCAAUCUUCGCGACUUUAAAAGCCGCGGAUGCGGAACUGUAUUCGCUUAUAUCUACCUGUGGCUUAUGCUUCUCGUUUCAGUUGCUGUCUAUGUCGUUGACAGUUUUACUGCCGUCAAUCUACUCGUGUUCGAUCGUUGGUCUUCAAAGAUCGAUCCUGCCAUCUCCUUCGACGUCACGAAAUGGAUCUUCUCUAUUUGCAUUAUUCUCUCAUUCAUCAACCUAGCUUACGAGGGUUUCCGCGCCUUUCGGGUUAUCAGACGAGGCAAUGUUGCGGAAUCCUAUCUUGAUAGCUUAGCUGUUCGAUGGGAAUCAAUUCGACUUGGUUCGCAAGGUUGGAAAAGAUUCCUAGUCUUUGCUGAACUCACCAAAAGUAAAGAAGGCGCACAAUACAUUGCGCUUUUCACAUACUUCAACUUUCAAGCCUGGAUCCGAGUCAUCAUCUGCUCAGGCCCUCGUCAGGUUCUCAAUGCUUUCACACUCAAGUCAGUGUAUGAGGCACAAUUGACGCCUACAGCAGACAAUGUGGGCGAGUCCAUUACUGGAUUCUUUGAGAAAAUCAAGAUCCUAGCCGAAGAAGAUUAUCAACAGGCACUUAUCCUCUCGGGAAUGUGUUUCACUCUGGUUAUCUGGGUGUUUUCUGCGCUCUUUCUUCUCGCAGCCGUUCUGUUUUGGGUAUUCUUUUUGUACCAUUGGAUUCCUGCAGCCGACGGUGGUCUUUCUGGAUACUGCGAGCGGAAGGUCACCAAGGCGUUGAUGAAGAUUGUCACAAAGACGGUCAACAAAGCUCUAGCUAGGGAGGAGGCCAGCCGCUUCAAGGCUGAAGUCAAAGCGGCCAAGAAGAAUGGAGAGAAGCCUCACCUCGAUCGAGCUGCCACCCUACCCACUCUGCCAAACGUUGGCCCAGUCACCAAGAUGGAUCACCCACCAAUGCUCAACCGUAACGACACCAUGAUGACACUGCCGCCUUACACUUCACGCCCCGGUACGCCAGGUGGCAUGGAGAACGCACCCCCAGCUUCAGAACGAACUGUGCCGUCUAGACAGGGCACUACGGCAUCUAUCGCGAGCUACGCAUCCCGAGCCACUUCUAGAUCUGGAGGUGGAUAUGGACGGAUUGCAUCCCCCGUGCCUGAUGUGCCUCCCAUUAACUACCAGGGACACACCCAGCCCCGAUCUAUCACAGACAGGCAUGAUAACUUUGGUUCUUAUCCUGCAAAUCAAAUGGCAAUGGACCCAAUAACAUCUCUUCCUGGUCGAUUUACAGAGAGCCCUGGCCCAAUGAACUCUGAUAUGGCACCUUUCUUCCCUCCCCCGACUCGCGCUCCCAGCGCUCGCCCUAUGGAUAACUUUUCGCAGCCCAUGGGAACAUUUCCUUCAGCCCAGGCACCCCAAUACCAAGCUUACAAUCCUGGAGGUCGCAUGAGCACUGCAUCAUCUGUGAACUCUCAUCAGGGCGGAGCCGCAAUGCAACGGCCCUUCAAUCCUCCGGUACGAAGUGCCACAGGGCCAGUACCUUUUCGGGGACCUCCACAAAGGAACUUGACGAACCCAAUGCCGCCUCGUGCAGCAUCUGCGAGACCUGAAAGGGCUCCUCCCUAUAACUAUGACGUCGAAUCUCAAAGACCAGGGGGUUGUGUGGUCAACUACGCCCUUAAAAGAGAAAAGUCCACGGCUGACGAUUUGUCGACAGCAGGAAGUCAAUCUUGGUUGCUGACAUACACUGAUGACAGAGAAUUGACUAAGUCGAAGGUUUUAAAGGGCGGCAUGACCAAGCUCUUUCUUCUGAACAUACUCUUCCCCAGUCUUGCACUGAGCUUACAAUACGCGUUUCAAAGUCAUUUACUACAGUCAUACGGAUCCUUUAUUCAAAACAAUAUGCCCUCGGCGACAUCAGAAUGGCACGAUGGCGAACUGGCCGUGCAAAAGCAACUCAAAGUCCCCACAAGAGGAAAUCCAACGUUUCCAGGUUUAGCACCCCAAUAUGGCAUGCGAGUGAUGCAGUCGCCCUUGGUAGCUCUCGGAACGCUAGAUAGCGAGGGCCGCCCAUGGACUACAGUAUGGGGCGGAGACCGGGGCUUCGCGAGGCCAGUAGCUGAAGGCGUACUCGCGUUUAACAGCUCAGUUGAUACUCGCCACGAUCCUGUUUUCAAAGCUCUGUGGGACGGGAUUGAUGACGACGGCGUGAAACAAGGCGCCAUUAACAGGCCAAAUGGAGGCGAAGGCAAGAGAAUGGCAGGACUGUCUAUCGACCUGGAGACCAGAGAUCGCGUGAAGCUGGUAGGAAACAUGAUUGCUGGUGCAACAGUCGAGGAAGGCAGGGCAGUACAGAUGGCCAUGGCUGUGACCGAGAGCCUGGGCAACUGUCCGAAAUAUCUCAACAAGAAGGAUGUUGUGCCUAAUGAGAUGGCACCAGAGCUUGUCUCGGACAAGCUGCCCUUGUCACAGGAGGCCCUAGACCUGGUUGCAGCGGCAGACAUGUUCUUCUUGUCGAGCACAAAUGGGGUCACAAUGGAUACAAAUCAUCGCGGAGGAAGUCCUGGGUUCAUGAGGAUUAUCAAGAACGAAGACGACGGGUUGGAACUGAUAUAUCCAGAAUUCUCUGGCAAUAGACUAUAUCAGACACUCGGCAACUUCAGAGUGAAUCCACUGGUUGGCAUCGCUAUUCCAGAUUACAACACAGCCAACGUUCUUUAUGCCACGGGCAGCGCAUCGAUACUUGUUGGUGAUGAGGCUUCUUCUUAUCUUGCAAGAACAAAACUUGCCGUCAAGAUCUCAAUUACUGCCGCAAAGUUCGUCAAGUCGGGACUACCUUUCCGAGGUGCGCUGGGCGAAUACUCGCCUUACAACCCUCCUGUCCGUCACUUGCUCUCAGAGCACGAUGCACAUAUUGCCGAUGCAUCAUCAAAUGGUAUCACGGCAAGCUUAACUAAGCGCGAAGUUCUUACGCCGUCCAUUGACCGAUACACCUUUGAGCUAUCUUCGACACAGCCUAUCAAUGCAUGGCACGCAGGACAGUAUAUCACCUUGGACUUUGAGCAGGAAGUGUCGAGUGGCUACAGUCAUAUGGCCGAUCAUGAUCCUCAAAGUAUCAACGAUGACUACGUUCGAACGUUUACUGUGUCAAGCCCACCAGAGAACAGUAAGGAGGUACAAAUCACAACAAGGAAACAUGGUCCGGUAACGAACUUCCUAAGAAAGCACAACCCUCGUGUGCCUUUGGAGAUACCAGUGAUUGGCUUUGGCGGCGAAGAGGGUUUCCGCAUCCCUUUGGAAUCAAAUGGCUCUCAAUCUGUCUUUAUCGCCGCUGGUGUAGGAAUUACGCCUGUCCUUGCACAAGCACCAGCUGUACUUCAACACAAAGCUCCAUUUGCGCUGCUCUGGACUCUACGCUACGAGGACUUACCGCUCGCGACUGACACGUUCUCGAGAAUCCCAGGGCUGUCCAAUGUGACUACACUCUUCGUCACUGGUCAGCGGGAUAAGGUGGACUUGUUGGAGGAGGUCGAGCAGGCUGGGACACGGGUAGUAAAGCGACGAAUAACCGCUGAUGAUGUUGAGAGAUUCAAGGGCCAAAACGCCCGUUUCUUUCUGUGCACAGCGCCAGCUCUGCUGGCUGCACUGGAAGGCUGGUUGCUGGGAGAGAAGGUUGUCUGGGAGGACUUUGGAUAUUGA